UUUCACCUACAUUUUAUUAUUUCUUGACCACCCUGAACAUUUUGACUAUAAAUCGGCAGGCAUUAUCUCUUCCUUAAUUCCCUUAAAGGCUGCGCGUUCUAGCCACGCGCCGCCAGCCAGUUCAUUAAUCCCUCAUGCCUCCACCAUUCAGACCGUAAACAGGCACACACUAUAAUCAGCACAGACGCGUAUUUGAGCGGAUUGGUUUGUAAAAGUUAAAUUUCCCUUCAAACAAUUUCAUAAUGGAAAACAGCAAGUUGAUAGCUACGGUGGCGAGCAUAUGGAUUCAGUGCACCUGCGGCCCUUCCUAUGCCUUCGGAAUAUACUCGGCCGUCCUAAAAUCAAGUCAAGGAUACGAUCAAUCCACUCUAGAUACCGUCUCCGUGUUCAAAGACAUUGGCACUAGUAUUGGAGUUUUAGCCGGUAUUCUCUACCAAUCUGUCGCCGAUAACAAAAGUGGCUCACGUCCGUCGUCUUGUUUCGGAUUAGGUCUGCGGGUGGUAUACAUGGCCGGAGCAUUUCAGUUCUUUGCCGGUUACUUUUUAAUGUGGUUGUCCGUGACUGGAAUCCUUGAGAAGCCUCCGGUCCCACUCAUGUGUUUCUUCAUGUUCAUGGCGGCACAUGCACAGACUUUCUUCGACACUGCCAACAUCGUCGUCGCCGUUCAGAACUUCCCCGGAUACAGCGGAACCAGCGUUGGCAUUAUGAAGGGAUUUCUAGGUCUAAGCGGAGCGAUAUUAAUUCAAUUCUAUCACACGUUUUUCGAUGGCAACCCCAGCACCUUCUUGCUGAUGCUCGCAGUGUUUCCAGCGUCGCUGUCACUCUUGCUCAUGUCUUUGGUUCACGUAAACCCCUCGAACACGACCAAUGACAAGAACCAUUUAAAUGGCUUCUCGAUUGUGGCACUCGCCGUUGCUGCAUAUCUAAUGAUCGCAAUCAUCUUUGAAAACAUGUUUGCAUUCCCAUCAUGGGCUCACAUCCUAACAACCAUUGGUCUUCUGAUUCUGGUGUCUUCACCUCUUAAAAUCGCACUCACAGCUCAAAGAAACGAACAACCACCACCAUCCUCCACCAUGGAUCCGUUGAUUGUAGCUUCAGAGGCUGACGAGGUAGCACUUGUUGAAAUGAAUGCACUACAAGCAGUUUCCACCAUCAACUUCUGGCUGCUUUUUGUUAUCAUGUUGUUUGGGGUUGGGUCAGGGUUGGCGACGAUCAACAACAUAAGUCAGAUAGGCCAGUCUUUAAAGUACACAACAGUUGAGAUCAACGCCAUGGUUUCUUUAUGGAGCAUAUGGAACUUUAUUGGGAGGUUUGGUGGUGGUUUUGUGUCUGAUUUGUUUUUACACAAAUACGGCUUGGGGAGGCCGUUGUUUAUCUCUCUUACACAAGCAGGAAUGGUAGCAGGUCAUUUGAUCAUUGGCUCAUGUGGGAAUUUGUUGAUUGGUUCAGUGAUCGUGAGUAUUUGCCAUGGAUCACUAUGGUCGUUGAUGCCUACAAUCACUUCUGAAAUCUUUGGGGUGAAGCAUAUGGGGACGAUUAUCAAUACAAUUGGUGUAGCUAAUCCUAUUGGUUCGUAUAUACUUUCUGUGGGAGUGAUUGGUAGCAUUUACGACAAGGAAGCAGAAGCAGGAGGGGGUUCUUGUUAUGGGAUUCAUUGCUUUAUGAUUUCGUAUUUUUUGUUUGCUGGGGGUUGUGUUUUAGGGAUUCUUGUUUCGUUGGUGUUAUUUUUUCGAACAAAGGGUUUUUAUGCGUUGAUUUUUCAAAGACGAUUGAAGGAACUUCAAGUGUAGCUUCCCCAGUCAGUUGGCUCUGGGGUGGUAUGCUUGCAUACGUAGUCAAGGACUCGCGGGCAGAUCGGUGUAGCGUAUUUUUUUUUUUUUUUUUUUUUUUUUGUAUGAUCGAAUAAAUAGUCAACGUCUUAGCUGCUUCGGUUUGGGACUGUGUAGGGUUUUAUGCAUUCGUGUUUCGUGCUGUAUAUUUUUCAUUUUUCAUAUGUAGAAUAGAAUUUUAUUUUAAAUUAUUCUGGUCACGAUAUUGUAUUUUCAAAUUACUUUUAUGAAGGUAUUAUACUUUACAAAGUAGUCCGAUUAUAGUAAUUGAGUUAUCUGCUGAUUAAAUUAUGAUAAAAAUGACAAAUUAACAGAUUUUUAUGUCACUAAAAAAACCCCCAACGGUGGUGGCUUGAAAAUCCUUGUUCCUGGUGGGAUAAAACGCCAGCAAACAUUAGCAAACCAUCAACAUCGAACUUCUCUUCAUGAUCAUGGACAAUUCUGAUGACAACAUACAAGGAUAACGAGUGGAAGUUUGUGAACAAAAAAAAAAUUAGAGAAUCGAGUAACCCUAAUCAGAGAAGCAGGGAGAGGGUGUCAG